CGGCACAUAUAUGUAUAUAUAUCAUAAGCCACGUUAAAAUCAUCGCAGGAACCACAUGUAUCUAUUAACGACUAAAAUAUAUACUGAAUCUAAUAAUUUUUGGGAGAAAUUUAUUAUGGAACAAAUAUAUAAUUAUAACGUGGAAUGCGUCUAUUUAAAUUUAAAAGUCAAAAGUAUAAACUUUGAUUAUUUAGUCAUCUGGUUUUUUUUUCAAGUUUUUCCUUCUACGAAAAAUGGUCAAUUACAAGAAAUUUUUAGCCGCAGUUUCCAUAAAGAAUGUGACUAAAAGGAUCAGCAUCAAAGCAGUUGGCGCGACGAAAAUGAGAUGAUCAUUUUGGUAAUUUACAAUAAAUACGCUAAAAUUAGAAGUCGGACUAUAAUAGUAAUGUGAUA